CCGCGCGGGAGUGGUUUACCAUGUCCAACUUGUGAUCAACGACAGUUUUUCUUCAAUGUGGGUCCGGUCAAGUGGAACGAAUGAGAGAGAAGCAGAACGGGACACGCAAACCGUGUGCCCCGAUGUCCACGUCAUCCGUUCCCGCCGUCCCAGCCACUUGCGACACGUAGCACGACAUGAUGAUAAUGAUGACGACGGUGACGAACACGAUGAUGGUGACGAUUACGGUGGUGAUGUUGAUCAGGGCGACGAUGUCGCUGACGAUGAUGACGAUGUUGAUGACGAUGAUGAUGUCGAUGAUGAUGUUCGUGGUGAUGAUGAUUGUGAUGACGAAGAUGAUGAUGAUGACGAUGAUGACGACGGUGAUGACGAUGUUGAUGAUGUCGAUGACAACGAAGAGGACGAUGGUGGUGAUUUUGUUGACGGCGAUGAUGUCGCUGAUGAUGAUGAUGUUGUUGAUGACGUUGAUGAUGUUGAUGAUGAUGUCGAUGAUGAUGACGAUGUUGAUGACGUUGACGAGGUUGAUGAUGAUGUUGUUGAUGAUGAUGUUGUUGAUGCUGAUGAAGAUGAUGAUGAUCACGAUGACAAUGAUGGUGAUGAUGAUGAUGAUGAUGAAGAUGAUGACGCUGAUGGUGGUGGCGAUGAUGAUGGUGAUGAUGGGGGCGAUGAUGAUGAUGAUGAUGGCAAGCAAGAAUCACGGGGCCGCUCGCGAGGAAAGAACGAGCGGGAAUCAGAAGGGGACACAGAAACCAUGUGGCCCAAUGUCACUGACAUCCUUUCCCUCCCUCCCCGCAACUUGAAACAGGUGGCGCGACGCGGCCGCUCCCAUGGGUUGGCAAACAUGCCUGACACGAGGGCAAGCAGAACAACACUUUACCUUGAAGAGGGCACAGCGCACACGAUGGCACUGCUCUUUGACGGCUCACAGUUCUUCGAGGAGGCGCAGUUCUUCGACGACGGCGAAACGCACACGAUGGCGCAAUUGUUGCGUGAUGGAGGGGACCUUCUCGACACCACGCAUCUUCGAGUCGAUCUUCUCGAGACCACAGACCAUGAGUGCCGAGACGCACAUUCGCUUAGCAGAACCUUUUUGUCCUUGUGCAAAAUCCGUGCGGCAUUUCAACGGUGUGACGACGAUCCACGGAGCGACCGCAGAGGACUUCGACAAGACCCAUGGAUGACCGUCGUUCCGUGCAGGGAUGCGCAUCUUGACGACUGGGGCGAGGGCAAUUGGGCGAGUAUGGAGAGUCACUGCCCUUGGGCAAGCCAAUACAAGUUCGCGAAUAUGUUGGAGUUCGGGGACCUCAUCCCACUGCCUGACGCCGUCCUCGGACAUAAGUUUCUGAACCAUAUGCGCAAAGCACUAAGCUGCAUUAGCCGCUAUUUCAGUCGCCUCGAGUACCACAACGUCAAGUCGUCGCCACGAACUUUGAAAGGCUUGUGGAAACAAGAGUUGGUGGACUGCGCCCGUUGCUGCUCGUUCCUGGACCAGUACCCACUCCGUGGCCCCGGGAUUUCUCCACGAGUUGUGUCGUACUACUGUGUGCAGUUGACUGUGUCCGGAUCUGAUUCCGCCAGAGUUCUGUGUGUCGCUGCUUCGAACAAGAGCAGGAAACUCGUCGACGCAGUUGUGCUCGUGUCGCACAACGAGGUUGUGAUUGAAGGGUCUAAAUUCGCGCCGAUGCGUGGGCCUGAACGUGUGGAUGGGUGGCCAGAUUUGGUGAUAGCAGAUAAUAUGUCUUCGUCCAGGGGCGAAGGGGAGCCUGCAGCGACCUCCGGGAUGGGAUCUGGGAAAGAUUCUACAAAACGGUCGUCUACGACCUCUAGGACGUGGUCCGACCACGCUAGGUCGAAAUGGUUCAUCGACUGGUGUUGUGCUGAUGCUACGAACCCAGUCCAACAGCCGUGUGGUCCUGUGAUCUUCGUCGAAGCCAACAAGCGCCGCAGGGUUCUGGGGGCUGUCUUACGGUGGGAGAAUGCGAAAGGCAGUCGUCGACGAUUUUACAUGAAAAAUGUGUACGGUUCGAAGGGGAACAUCGUCGCCGGUGCCAAGGGGGCAGUUCUCGACAUGUGUCUGUUCGAGAGGUUCGGAGCGGGUGCUGCGAACACCCCAUUCUACAACGACCUCCGGCGGCAGGGCGGGUUGCUUUUGGGUCGAGAGUUCUUCGACCUGUUGGAGGACAAGGGCAUCGCCCUCGACGUCCCUUGCGGAGUCGGUCCCGACCUGGAACUGUCAAUGCCUUUGCAGCCGUGCGGCGGUUAUGAGUCGAGCGGGGCAGCGGGGGAGGGGGGGGAUCUGGGUUCCGGGGAGGCUACACAUGUGCAGCGGGAGGAUGCAAGAGGUCAGUUUGACGACAGCAAAGAUGAGGCGACACCGUGUCCGCCGUUUUCGCCGUCGAGGGAAAGAGACAGGUCCGUGCUGUCCAUACCUGGGGACCGACAACAGACUGCAACGGAUCCCGGAGAAGAGGGAGUGCUGUGUGGGUCUGACUUGGAGCCCGCCGAGGGCCAUGGCGCGGAAGGCGAGGCCGUGGGCGGGGAGGGAGCGCAGGGCACUCCCGAAAAAAGGAGGGGAGAAUGUCAAGAAGACUUGGUGGGCUCUUUGAAGAAACAGAAGACCAAGACCCCGAGGACUGCGGGAGAGAAACGGAAGGGGAGGGGGGUGGAAGAGGGCCAUCCGGGUAGCAAACGUCCAGCUUCGAAACAUAAACAGCCUGAGUCGGGACCUUCUUCACCACGGCCUGCCAUCGACGUGGACGUCGGGUACUUCCUGGAGUACAAAGACGGCGUCAGGACAAGGCGGGAGUUUGAGAUCAGCCCGGCUCAGAUCGUUGACAUAAGGGAGUGGGAGGAUCUUUACAACCAGCGGUCACUAGAUCCCGUCCUCGUGGAAACGGUAAGGGAAGCAAUGCGGUCUGCGUUCGAAAAUAAAGAACAGACGUACGAGUUGCCGGUCUUCAAGCUAGCACCACUGGGGCUUCAAAAACCAACUCCUGGGACCAAGGCACAACGUCUGAAGCCAGAGGAGUGGAAGGAUGAGCUGGCGGGAGAAUACUACUACUACGCGGUGUGCAGGCAGCACAACGCGGCUGCAGCCAGGUCGCUGCUCGGCAGCGAGGUGGCCAAGAAACUGAAGAGUCGGGAAGUCGCACUUGCCGAAGGCGUCGUUCACAUUAAAUGGAAAGACACGAGGGACGUGACAUCCAUCGCGUCGUUCGCCAACGACCCUUUAGACGAGGACAUCAGGGGCGCAGAGCUGAAGGAGGCAGUGGCUGCCACAAACCCACACACGUGGUGUCCCUCGCAUUGGACUCUCAUUGUUUUCGUGCCGCGGAAGCACAACCUGUCGUUUCUCGCCAGCAUGCACCAUCUUUCUUUCGUCAAGCUAUUGGAAGGGAAGUGGGUGCGGAAAGUGCAGCAAAAAAAAAGCUUCCCCGUUGGGAACAAUUUGUACACAGAGAAAGACCGCAUGUACAUCCUCUUCAAGGGUGACGAUCUGCGCGUGAACACGUCCGUGGUCUACGAGGGAAACCUGCCCACGGGUGCCGCUGUUGCGGUGCGAUUGCCUCUGAGGGUCACCCAGACGGAUGUGUCCGAGAUUCCUUUCACGCCUUGCGACUGGUCGCUGGUGGCACCUGAACGACAGGGCAGCGUCUAUGGGGAUAUGGAACGCAAUCCGACCCAAUUCAUCGGUCUUCUUGAUUUUCUUGGCAAGAAGGGAGAGGGUGUCGUGUUCCUUGGGAAACCGCACACGCGAAGCGUCUGGGAGCUUCUGAAGGCCGGCCGACACGUUGUCGCAAUGGAAGGGAACUCCGACCUCUUGCAAUUCACGAUGCAGGUGGUGAAAAGCGAGGUCAAUUCGAGUGGGCACAAUUGUGAGUUCAUGGUCGUGAGGCCAACACGGGAUAAGGUGUGGAGCAAGAAGACGGAUAUGUGGUUCAAGUUGAGCGAGAGGAAGAGGAACAAGAUAUACGAUUUCUUGUUCCUUCAAACGCGUCCGAGGAGGGACACUGACGCUGAGUACAUCCGCCGGAAGGACCACAUGUUGGCACUGCUCGACAACGACCACUUCGCCUCCUGCAUGAACGCGAAGACGUUUAUCGAAAGGCUGCAGUCGCUGUACUUCGUGGAGUCCGAGGAGCAGUUGAAGUUAGCCAGUUACGCUUCCCUGAUCUCCACUGACGACGAGGAAGCCAUAGGUGUGGAGUUUGUCGCCAACGCCAAGGAGGAGGAGAGCGACACGGAGAGCAUCGACCUGCAGUACGACCAGCCUCCGGCGGACCACGGUCGAGGGUCCUCGUCGGUCGGUCCAUCACCAAGCGCUGCAGCCCUCGUGUCACCACUGGCCAAACCGGCGUCGGGCACCACACCGAUGAACUUGCUGGAGAGACUUAAAGCUCUGGCCGCCCCCCCGCCCGCUUUGUGUCCCGGGUCCGUUGUCCCGCCCGAUCAUCCAAUUUUGAAUGAUGACAACAUCCACUUCCUGCUUGAACCGCAACGUCAUUCAACUGAGCAAGAAUGGGGCCAUGACAUGGUUUGGCAUCCGGGAGUCAUCCAGCCAGCGAUACGAAAUGGUGAGUGGGUCAUGGCCGUGGCAAUCCCGGGCGCGGGAUGCGUGUCAUUCCCACACGAGUCGAAGUCCAACUUCCUGCACCUCGCGAGGAUUUCGGUCCUCCAGAAAGUGAAGGUCGAAAAUGACACUUUAGCACCCGACGACCUGUCCCUCAUUUCCACUGUCGGUCGACUGUUUGACGAGCUUCAGGACAAGUGCUGGUUGGAAUUGACGGAGGACUACUACGAGCUCGACACGAGUCCGUCGAAGGGCGUGGUGGACUGGAAAGUCCCCCCUCCCAGUGGGCCGGAUGGUGGUUCCGGGGGGGGGUCACCUGGAAGCAGAGGGGAUGGGGGUGGCGACGCAGGGGGUGGCAAAGGAAUCCUGCCUAUGGGGGAGAGAGGGUCUCACGGCCGCAACACGACACCGGGAGGCAGCGCCGGGUGGCGGCUAGGGAUUCUCGUGACGUUGAGAGGGGCAGCGUGCACGGGGACGGAAGGGCAAUCCUUGCGAUUCGGCAUGGGUACCGUGGAAGGGGACGAGUUUCGUGGGAGGGAAGUAGGGGAGGAAACGGAGGAACAGAAGGGAGCGCAAGAAGGGGAGGAAGAAGGGGAAGAAGAGGUGGAAAGGGAGGAAGCGGGAGAAACAGAGCUAAUUGAUUCGUUUGAAGGAAGGAAGGGUGCCGGGUCUGGAGAAGACGAAGUGGAACACAGUGAGGACGAUGCCGGAUCUGGAGAGUCGUUUAACGAGUUCGGACAACUGUACGGAGAGCAUCACGAGGAUGAUGUCGACGACGAUGCCACGACAAUAGAGAUGGAGACACAAGUGGUCAGCAGCCUUUCCGCAGAACCUGAAGAUUAUGCGGUCCAGCCACUGACGUCUGUUGUCGACUUGCAGCACCGGUUCGACGAGGCUUCCGUCGUUAUUAGCCCGUCUGAAAAAAGUCGGCGUAUAAGCAUCGACGAAGUUAUCGACUGUAUCCUCGACGACCACAACGUGUCUGCCCGUCCGUCCGCAACUGCCAACGUCGCAUCUUCCGUGGAAGCUGCCCUCGCUUCAUCGCCGCCGAAGUCUUUGGUGCUGCAGGCCACCCUUGCCGCCGAAGGGGAAGGCGAGUGCGGUGGAGGACAGCAUUUGACGUCCCCAAAAAAAUCGAGAUUCGGCGGUCAGGCUCUCGACGUGCUCGCUUUGCCUGCGCCAAAUUCACCAUCGAAGGAGCGGAGAGAGAAACAGACUGGUAAGCCGUGAAGAACGCCUGCGUAUCCGGAUGUCGCCGGAUUACAGUCCGCGCUAUACACACGACGACUGUCCACACUGUCUGUGCAUACGGGAAGU